AACUGUACACACCAAUAAUAUCCAAUUACAAAUACAGACGCUUCAAAGUCUCUGCUCCGUCUUCGUGUUGUGCGUUUGUAUUGUUGUUGUUUUAUUUUAUUUUAUUUUUUUGCAGUGAUACACAGCAAAGUGAAAUUUUUCAUCGAGAGGUUCGAUUCGAUGUGGCCACGGCGUACGGACGGCGGUAAAACGGCAGACGAAAGUAGAAACCUCCGAUAAUUGUCCCGUGAAUGUGAACCAUUCAACGUGUGCUCUGCUUCUCUGCUCGGUGUGGAAAGUUUUAAUUACAGUUGCAAUAAUAAACAAAGUAAGCGCGCGUAAUCGUUGCUGUUUCAUUUUGUAAGUUUGAUGCAAUUCAAUCAGAAGAAGUUAAAAAGAAAACCAGAACCUACUAAAUUUAUUAAUAAUUUGUGCGAGUUAAUAAACGUUUUCGUUGAUUUAAUAUACCAAAAAUAAAGAAAACAAUAAUCGUGUUUGUUUGCUCUGGUUUCCAAAUUUGUAUGUGAUUUUUUUUAUGUAGCAGCAGCGAUUUUUCUGUGUUUGCUUUUGUGGUUUACUUUCUGUGUGUGGCUCAUUUUUUGAGUACAAAUAACAAUAUUACGGUAUCAUCGACAAUGUAUUAAUUGUUUCGCUGGCAAACCGAAAGUAAACCGAUUGAUGGAAUGUUCGGAAUGUGUCUUCAUUUCUCUCUCUCUCUCUCUCUCUCUCUCUCUCUCUCUCUCUCUCUCUCUGUUCAUUUAUUUGUAGCACACACACAAUCACAGACAAUCAUGUCUACACUGAUACAAACACACGCACACACAUGCAAUCAUCUCGAAUGCACACUAGACACAUUAGUACAACUGUGUGUAAGACAAUCGUAACGAAGAGCACAGCGACGAACGAAAAAAAAUUGCUUUUGGAAUUUUUCUCGUCAUUGUUCGCUCGUGCUGAAUAAUUUCAUUUUGGUAUUCAUUGUGUUUGCAUUCCAAUGUAAGUGGUGACAUUUUCGAAUUGAAAGUUUUUCAUUUACCCCAAAACCAAAUUCCAUAUCGCACUGCAGCAAAACUGAGAUAAAGUCUCGCUCAUUCUCUCGAUUUUGGACUCUGUGUGUGUAUUUUUUCAGUUGACGUUUUCAAUUUUGACGCAACAAACACACCGAGACCACGACGUUUGCACGACUCAGCAACAUUUGCCGAUGAUACUUUUUUGUUUACUUAAUUCUAUUUCGCUAGUUUUGACAUUGAUCAUUGAUUGUGUGUGCCGUUCAGGCAAUGUGCGAUGGAACUAAGUGAAAUGUAGAAAAAAAAACAAGUUAGAAUUUGUUGUUCGUUCGGUUGUGUGACAGAACAUUCUUUUAAACAACAAUUUUCAAGCAUUUGUGGUGCCAAAUUGAAUCAAAGCAUUUUCUACAUUUGAAUAGCGUUGAUCAGUUCAAAAUGGAGCCAAGGAAUUGUGCGGAAAUUGUGAAAGUCAUUCGUACGCUGUUAACAUCGGCAAAAAAUGGUUUGCUCACCGACGAAAUCAUCGAUGACUACGAACAAAUGGAAGGUAAACAAAUUCCACUCAAAGCACUCGGCUACAAUACGUUGGCGGAUUUGUUGCGCGACACAAAUCAAUUUGCAUUGAUUGAAACGAAUCAAGGCAUUAAGGUGAUGUCAAAACCGUCCAAAGAUGCAUACGUUAAUAAAUCGGCACCGAAUAGUCCGAGCAAAGGUAAAAAGAAGGGCAAUAUGAUGCCACCACAACGGGCGCUACGAUCAACCACUGAUAAUCAAUGGAGUGGUACCGCCUAUUCACAGGCCUACACACAAAUACCAAAUCGUUCGGUGAAAAAAGCAUACACACACCCGGCCAAGCUAUUGCAAGCGGCCUACAGUAAUGGCGGUGCCUAUCGACCCAUUUUAAAGCAAUCGAACAUUAAACAAGUGCCAAAGGAUGAUACUCCAAAUUAUACAGCCACAGAGCCAACAAAUAAUUCGAACAAUUCAAUGAAUCAAUUGCGAUCGUAUCCAAUGCGACAGCAAAAUUAUCAACAGAACAGUGGUGCACCGAAUGCAUGGAUGAAUCAACGCAGUAUGGACCGGAUCACGAGGAAAUCGAAUGAUACACCGUCGGGAAAGAGUAGCGUGCAAUCACGUUUGGCCAUUCAAAAGAACCUAUCGGCUGAUGUGACCGAUUUUGUUGCAUCGCAACCAGCGCCUGUUGUUCACGAACCAGACGACAAUUUGUUUGGUUAUUCAAAUGGAGGCGGCAUUACUAAAAAGAUGAACAACAUCAAGUUGGACAGCCUCGAGCAAAUGCCAUUGGUGCAAGCAAUCAGCGUGUAUUGCCGACAGAAAGGCUAUGCUGAACCACAAUAUUCAUUCAGCAAAACAAAGGCGCGUCAAUUUACCUGCAAAGUGACCGUUGGACCGGCCAUUUAUGCCAGCUACCCAAACGAAUUCAACACACAAAUUGAGGCACAGAAUGAGGCAGCACGUAUCGCCUACGAAAAUAUUAAUGAUUUGGAAUACCGCGAAAAGUAUCCCAUUUGCAUGGAUUCAGCCGCUGAAAUAGCCUACAAAAUAUUUGAUUGCAUCAGCGAAAAUGGCGUCUUCUUAAAAUUCAUUCCACAGCUUUUCCAGGAAAAGUACGACGCAACACUUCCUGAUGGUUGGAUGGGUAUCAUUGAGGAUAAUCCACGAAUGUUUUCGAUUGCCAAAGAUGCACUGAUGGAUCGUGUUUAUCCGAAUUUGUCGCACCAAAAUAGCAAAAGUGGCUCGUUCGAACCAAAGGUUAACGACAUGGAAGAUUUGGUUUUGCCAUGGCAUGAAAAACACUGGAAUAUCUUUGUGACAUCGGUAUCGUCAACAGUCGACAUUUGGGGACGACUAAUCGGUGCUGAUUAUUCGGCGAAAUUGGAUUCAAUUUUGGACGAUAUUGAAACGGAAUUAGUAUCGGGUGGUUCGAAGACAGUGUGCACCAAUUUGACCGUGGGCAAAUAUUGUUACAUAACCAAUCCGGAUUGUUAUCGUGUUCGUAUCGAGAAAAUCGAUGAAAUUCGACGAAUGGCACUGUGUUUCCUCGUUGAUUACGGCGAUGAAGAAUGGUGGUCCGUGGAUCAAAUCUACGAAAGUGAUUCGAAAUUAUUCCAAUUGCCAUCGCAGGCGAUUCGAUUUAGUUUGUUCAAUUUGGAGGAUUUUGCCGAGAAUCCGCAUGCCAAACAAGAGGUGGACGAGUAUCUUGCGGGUAAAACACUGAUUGCCGAAGUGAAAUCCACACAAGCCGAAUACCAGGCACAGUGCGAAUCAAGCGUUGAUGCAAAAAUCAAGGCCGUUUUCUAUGACACAUCCUCCGAUGACGAUGUCCAGUUGAACAAAGUGAUUCUCGAGAAGAUUUGCGAAAAAGUUGAACCGCCGCAGCUACAGCGCUCCAAAUGGAAUCCUGUAAAUGUGUCGCACAUCAGCGAUACGGGUGACAUUUACGUGCAAUUGUACAACGAUAAAGGCAACACGGUGCAUAAUAUCAAGCAGCUCAUCCAUCGAUUAACCCAGAAUGGAAUCAACAAGCAAUUUGCUCGCAACAAUACAAAACUCACGGUUAACGACUAUACCGAAUUGUAUCUAAUUCAAGAUCCAAGCGAUCUAAAAUGGUAUCGUGCAGCGAUUUUACCGAAAAAAUCAACCGAUGACACAACGGAAUUGUGUAAAUACAUUGAUUAUGGUAUGACCAAACAUGUUCCACGCGAAAAUAUCUAUCGAUUAGAUCUUUUAAGCGCUGCGCUCAGCAAAUAUCCACAGCAAGCGAUUCUUGUGCGACUUAACGAUGUUACCAAUUACAAUCCGAAGAUUAUUGCACGUUUGCGUGGACUUUUGUGCGCCGGCACACCAGUUCUCGCGCAAAUCGCUGGCGUCAGCUCAAUGAUACCAAUGGUGAACAUUUGCAAACGGCUCGAAAGUAAUAUUCUUUGUAAAAUUAACGACACCAUUCGCAUGGAACAGGAGAUUGAGACUUCGGUUGAUUUUCUGCUGGACAGCGAAAACUCCUUCAGUUCACCAGUUGGUAGCAAAUCUUCACAAACCAAAGAUGACAAAGAACUGCAGCUGUAUCCCGAACCAUCGCUCGAUAAAUUUUUCAAUGUUAUUGUGGUAACAGCACCCAGCCCAUCAAACUUUUUUGUUCGACCUUGCCUAGAAGAGGUUGGAUUUAAAAAUAUGAUGCUGCAACUACGAAGCUAUUGCGAUAAUUUACAACAGCGUGUCAAUCAAAACGAUAUUCAAGUGAAUCAAUACUAUGCCGGUCAGAUGCAAGAUACCUAUUGGUAUAGAGUAAAAAUCCAAAAUAUCUUACCGGCCGACACAGUGGUGGUGUACAAGUGUGAUUUUGGUGAUAUCAGCUUUUUGAGCACAGACGCAUUACGGCCGCUAACACCGGAAUUCAGAAAGAUUCCACAGCUUGCUAUUCCAGCUAAAUUGCACGGAAUUCAACCGAAGAACAACGUAUGGAACAAUGAUGACAGUGCGUUCUUCCAGAAUUUAACGGUGCAAAAGCAAUUUGCAACCGGAAUCAAGGCAAUACGCAAAGAGGCCGGCAAUCCAAAUUACAUGCUUGAAAUUGUGCUAAUUGAUGUAUCAACGACACAAGACAUCAAUAUCAACGAAGAGUUGGUCAAAAAUCAGCAUGCCAAUUAUCUCUAAAAAAAACACAUCCCAUACCCAUCGGAUUCAAUUGUGUGCAUUAUUCACACCAUUGGAUCUAACAUUUUAAUCAUUGCAAACGAAUCGCUUUUCAAUCAAUAUUUAUUUCGUUUAUAACAUACGCGUAAGCAACACGGUCAUAUUCAUCGAUACGAGUAAAUCAUCGAAAAUAUCAAGUUUGCAUGCGAAAACUUGUGAAAAUAACCGAAGAAAUAACAAUUACAUUCAAUGUAAUUCUGCAAAAAAAAACGAAGAUUGAAAAAAAAACAAAACAAAAAAAGAAUCGAAACAAAGCCUAACAUUAAGAAUUUGAAAAUACGAGCGAAUUAUUUAUUUAUGAAAUUUGAUAUAAUCAUCAAUCGAUAAGAAACCUCAUUUCAAAAACUAACAAAAAAAAGCGUUUAUGCAUUGCCAAAAAAUCGAUUUAAAUAAAACAAAAAAAAGCAUCAGUAUAAUUAGGGGAACGGAAGGGAUUUUGUUGAAUUCUUUUUAUAUAUACAAAAUGAAAGGCAUAGUGAUUGGCAUGUUUUCCUGGCUUCCAACGCAAAAAAGAAGAAGAUUGAAUUGGAGAAAAAAAUCGUUUCUUAUGAUAUGCGAAUCAAAAGCAAAUUCUAAAGACUUUACACAAUUUGAUUUUUACGAUAAAACUUUAUCAUUCCGAAUCACGAGAAAUAUUUGCACAAAAAAAAAUCCUUCGAAAUAUACUGAACUGAACUGGUGGCAAUUCAAAA